AUGGCCGCGAACACCGAACAACUUGACAGGCGGGCGAAGGCGAUUGAGAAGGAGCUUUAUAAGCGCGCUGAUGGCGGUUCUUCGUGCGCCGAGUUAGCUGCGGUGCUGCAAGACUACCGCGCCGCCUGCGAAGCCCUCGUUUUCUCCAACUUCGAGUACGCAUCGGCCUACGAACUCCAGACGACGCUAUGGAAUGCGCAUCUCAAGGUCAACACCAAAUUCAGGCAGGAACAUAAACUCCUUAAGCGCUCCAAGGACCAUGUUGUCGAGACCAGAAAGUUUCAAAAGACUUAUCUCCAGUUCAUCAAGGCCAGCCAGCGCUUUUACCGCCAGUAUAUACUGAACCUCGAUACUCAAUUCGACGGUAUCCCAGAACUGCGCAAAAUCGCCCAGAAAUGGAAGGAUGAUACCUCCAAGUCAUCCCCGCGUCAGCGCAUCCCCGCAACCCUGAAGACACAGGUCCUCAUCUCUUGCCACCAGACGCUCAUCCAGCUCGGCGACCUUUCCCGUUACCGCGAAACCGAACUCGUUGAGAAGAACAAGGACCGCAACUGGGGCCCCGCCAAAGGUUACUAUGACCUUGCCGCAGAGAUAUACCCCGAUUCCGGACAUGCCCCGAAUCAACUUGCAGUAAUCGCGCGCGAGGAUGGCGAUCACUUCCGCUGCGUGUACCACCUCUAUCGCUCGCUAGCAAGCAAAGAACCGUAUCCCUCGGCCAAGGCCAAUCUGGCAACCGAGUUCAAGCGCGUCAUUACUGCGUGGGAUAAUGGGCAGCUUAUCAACAACCACAAGACAGCCGACGGUAACACCGGUCGGGCUUUGAUUGCUUGGUUCAUCAGAUUGCAUAGCAAGCUCUACAAGGGCGAGGAAUUCGCUGCUCACGAUGAGCUGGAAGGCGAAGUGCUCAGCCAUCUGGCUAUCGAGCUCAAAGAGCGCCCAUUGGACUCCAUCUUGACCAAGAUCAUCCUUAUCAACAUGUCAGCGGAAUACUUCGCGACAGUGCAGUUGCAGAGCGAGAACCCGCCGCCGAACAUCAUGCGCACAUAUUUCUAUUACCUUCGCCUAAAUGUCAAGACAUUCUUUAUCCUCUUACAGGUCCUACAGCCAGAGCUGGAUCGCUUGUCCGAAGGCAACGAUGUGAAGCAUCAGAACGGCGAUCGCGCCACCCAUCUGUCCGACAAGAUCACAGCCGUAGCACGCCGCAUCCUCCCAGGUCUUCGUCUGUACAGCACCUGGUUCACGCGCUACUGGAAGGUACUCAAUGCCAAUAUUGCUGAUACCUUGAAUACUGUCGACGUCCAGGAACUUUGGAAAGCCUAUGCUGCGACGUUGUCUCUCUUGGCCUCGAGCUUCUCCGUCGACCAGCUUCCGCAAGAGAACUAUAUGCUAGAGGAGGACACGGACACGAUUGGCUUCGAGCCGCUGAUUCACCCAGACACCAUGAAACUCUGGUAUGAUGGAGAUGUAAUGAAGAAGAAAUGGACUGAGCUGGAGCGUAACCACCCGAAUGUCGAAAUGCUCAUGCGGGUCAAGGAUUUGCUCAUCGAUGGCUUGCUCCUCACGCAGAAUGAUGAUGCUCCACUGGACUUGGCAGGCCCGCGAUUCAUCUACCGAGAAGAAGGUUUACCAUCGGAGCUUUUGGCGAGUCCCACAAACCGACCGGAUGGAUCUCCCGCUCUGGCAGUCCAGGCGACCGAUCUACCUCUAUUCCAGCACACGCAAGCGCCCAUCCCAGACGAUCAGAAGUCGCACUCUGUUGCGGCAGCUUCGGAAUCUGCAUCCACUACGCUUGCUAAGGACAAUGCGAUGCGCAACAUGGUGGACGAUCUAGUAGGCGAUGAGACCGGACUGGACCCUUUAGUUGAAGAAGACGAAAACAUUCCGCCCACACCACCAGAGCAGACAUUCGAGGAUACCGCUGUUGUCAACGAUAACACAUUUGUGCCAGCAGCAUUGUCGAUCAACGACUUGGUCAACUCGGUUAGAAACUAUAAGCCCUUGUCUCCUGCUCCCAUGCCCGCGAUGCUCUCCACACCUAUGGGUAGGUCAGGUUCUACCUCUUCUAUCCGCCAGCCACCGAACCUGCCUUCUGUGCCCGAUGGUCAGUGGAACUCGAACUCUAUUUGGAACCGUACGCCUGGUCCAGCGUCUCCCUCUAUGCUAAACACCAAUGGUCUCGGUAAUGAUCUCCGUCGAUCUCCUAUGAGUGGUACAAAACCCAGGAUGUCUGGUCAUGUGCGGGGUGACUCAGCAAACUCGCUUCUGAGCGUCGAGACUGGCACUCCUAUUGCCACUCGAGCUCCUAGCGGUAUCGGGAGUGGUGCUGCAUGGGGAACUCAUGUUGGCAGCCCCUCAAACUGGGGAUCGACCUAUGGCAGCGACUUCAACAGCAACCACCAAUAUGGAUACGCAAACGGAGCAAAUAUGGCGAGUCCGCUCCUUUUCAGCUCAUACCGCGACGGUGCUGAGAGCUCCUGGGGACGCACCCCUCCCAACGGCCAAGGCGGUUGA